AUGUAUCAGUUCCAGUCUGACAUUUAUUUCCCACUGUCUCGGGACAGAAGCGUAGAGGGCGCAGGACUUCUUGGCGCUAAAGGAGGCGACAGCAGAUACAAUGGUAAAAAACCUCGACAAAGCCAGAGCCUGGAUGACGCCCGGCUGGAGAUGCACGAGCUGAACCACAGCCUCAAUGCCAGCAUAUCCCUCAGAGAGCAGACUAUAGCAGAGGAGAAUGUGGAGCGACCAGAAGGACUCAUCAACAACAAAAGCUUCAAGAAGCACAACAAAAGCUUUCACAAACUGUUUCCAGGGAUUCCUGAGGCAGAGAACCUGACACAUGCAUUUAUCUGUGCCAUGCAGAAGGAGGUGCUCUAUCAUGGCAAACUUUAUAUUUCUGAACACCAUGUUUGUUUCCACUCAUCUGUACUGCUCAGAGACACCAAGGUGGCAGUUUCUGGAUGCAGCGUCAGUGAGGUGAGGAAGUACAACUCAGCAUUAUCCAUGUUGUCUAUUAAAACUUCUGAUGGAGAGAAGUACACAUUUGUGUCUUUGAGGAACCGCGAGCUGUGCUACAAGCUCCUCCACAAUAUCUGCUCAUACGCAAAGGGGAGUGCAAACAGCAGUCCCCAUCUCUCCUCUGCAGAGAACGAGGCUGAGCCUGAAGUGGCCUCUGGUUAUUCCAGCUUGGAGGACAGCAUAGAUCAUGAUCUGAGCAGACAGAACAGCCUUAAUCUUGAGAACAGCUUUCCUCAGAUGUCCAGUGAAGGUCCUACCAGGUCCAAUUCCACCCGUAAUAGCAGCCUAACAGACACAAUCAACAGAGGGCCCUGGAUGUGGAGGAUUAUUGAAAGAGUGGUGCCGUUUCUCUUUGUCAGAGAAAUGAGGAACAUCAACAUUCUCUUCUUUAUCUACGUAAUCCUCAUGGCACUGCUGCUGGUGGCGUCAGGCUACCUCAGGAUGAGAAUCAUUGCACUGGAGGAGCAGCUCAACUCUUUGGGAGCUUUGACAGAGAUGGCUCUGCACCACAGACAGUACAAGGAAACAUAGCCAGAGGCAGCAGGUCGUGACAAAUCUUUUGAGGAACUCACGCGAUGCAUUUUUAUUAAGAUCCUUCAGUGCACAUCAAUCCCUGUCUGGAAAAGUCCUGAAAGCAUCUAAGACCCUUGACCCAUUUGACUGACAGUUUAUUGUUAAUUGGAAUUUUUUCCCCCAAAGAAAUUAAAAAACCUAAUUAAAAAUGCUCUUCAAAAAGGAAAUAACAGCAUCAUGUCUACAGAAGAAGCAGAUCAGCAUAAAGAUGCUCUCUGGACGUCUGAACACGACCACACAUGGUGAUCAACAUGGAUGACUGACUGCUUGGCAGAGGCACCAAAACAGUAUUUCUGUUAGGAGUGCAAUCAUUUUCUGCUGACAGAUCAAAACAUGAAGCAAUUUCUCCAGCAAAGAGCCAUAUGGAGGCAGCGUGCUGAAGCCAGGUUUGUUUCCUGGCUGGUGAACAGCUGAGCUCAGCUAGCAGACGUUUUCCGGAGAGUUAGGUCUACAUGACCUGCAACUGUGAAAACAUCACACUCUGUUUUUCACAGAAGGGAAAGUGAAAUGGGACUUCUCUAAUGUAAAUAAUGUGUGCUUGAUGAAAUAGGGCUAUGCUUUGUGUAAGGUGGUCCUUUACUGUCAAUGACAAUGAUCAGCCAGCAGAGGGCAGUAUGUCCUAUUAACACCAUGUACAGGAGGUUUCAAGGCAGGAUUUCACCUUCAUUCUCCAGGAUGUUCAAUUUCCUCUGAAUACAAAUGUUAAAACAGCUGCUGUUUUUAAUGAGCAUUAAUUGCAAUUUUUUUUUUUUUGUUGACAGAU